AUGUCCAAGAUCCUCGAAGCGGCGGCGAAAUGGGACCGAACGGCUGCGGCGAAGAGAGCGCUGAUCCUGGCGGCCGCCGCUUACGGCGUUAGGACGCUCUACCCCAUCAUCUGGAAGCAGCUCUGCGGAAACAAGAAGCCCAAAAGCGACCGGUUAUUAGCCUCCCAGCCGGAGAACGGCUCAGCAUGUCCGGGGAAAGCUCAGAUAGACUCUGCUGGUGACAGGAAAGCAUCCCCAGGAGUCAAUGCGGAGUUUUUUAAGCAGAUCCUGGAACUUGCUAAAAUCCUCUUCCCCAAGCUUGUAUCUAAAGAGCUAGGAUUGCUGUGUUUGCACUCCGUGGCGCUGAUCUCCAGGACAUUUCUGUCUAUUUACGUGGCAAGCCUGGAUGGGAAGAUAGUGAAGACGAUCGUGGAGAAAAAGCCUCGGCACUUCAUCAUGCAGCUGAUGAAAUGGCUCCUCAUCGCCAUCCCGGCCACGUUCGUCAACAGCGCCAUCCGGUACCUGGAGUGCAAGCUGGCUCUGGCCUUCCGCACCCGGCUGGUCAAGCACGCUUACCGGACCUACUUCACCGAUCAGACCUAUUACAGAGUCAGCAACAUGGACGGGAGGCUCGCCAACCCGGAUCAGUCUCUCACCGAGGAUGUGAUGAUGUUCUCCCAAUCUGUGGCUCAUCUCUACUCCAACCUCACCAAACCGAUCCUGGAUGUGGUGCUGACCUCCUACACGUUGAUUCAAACCGCCAGGGCGAGGGGAGCCAGCGCCAGCGGGCCCACCCUGCUGGCUGGCCUGGUGGUCUUUGCCACGGCCAAGGUCCUGCGUGCAUGCUCCCCUAAGUUUGGCAAACUGGUGGCAGAGGAGGCACACAGAAAGGGUUACCUGCGCUAUGUGCACUCCAGGAUCAUUGCUAAUGCAGAGGAAAUAGCUUUUUACAGAGGACACAAGGUGGAGAUGUGUCAGCUCCAGAAGUGCUACCAAGCUCUGGCCGAUCAGAUGAACCUCAUCCUCUCCAAGCGUCUCUGGUACAUCAUGAUCGAGCAGUUCCUCAUGAAGUACGUUUGGAGCGGCAGCGGGCUCGUCAUGGUGGCCGUGCCCAUCAUCACCGCCACCGGCUUCGCCGACAACGAAACAGCAUCCGGACAGGCGCACAUGAUGGUGAGCGAGAGAACGGAGGCAUUCACCACCGCCCGCAACCUUUUGGCCUCUGGAGCCGAUGCAAUCGAGAGGAUCAUGUCCUCCUAUAAAGAGGUCACAGAGCUGGCAGGCUACACCGCAAGAGUCCACAACAUGUUUGUGGUGUUCGAGGACGUCCAGAGGGGGAUCUACAAGCGCUCCUCUCUCUCUGCCACGGCGGGGACGGCACUGAAGAGCAAACCUGGGAUGCACAUAGACGGGCCGCUGGAGAUUAAAGGCGAAGUGAUCGACGUGGACCAGGGCAUCGUGUGUGAAAACGUCCCAAUCAUCACACCGAAUGGAGACGUCGUGGUGUCGUGCCUCAACCUAAAGGUAGAAGAAGGCAUGCACCUGCUGAUCACGGGCCCAAACGGAUGUGGAAAGAGCUCCCUGUUCAGGAUCCUCAGCGGACUGUGGCCCGUCUACGGCGGCCGCCUGCACAAACCGUCCCCCGAACACAUGUUUUACAUCCCUCAGAGGCCAUACAUGUCAAUGGGUUCGCUUCGAGAUCAGGUGAUCUACCCAGACUCAGUGGAGGACAUGGCUGUCAGAGGGCUGAGCGACAAGGAUCUGGAGAUCAUCCUGGACAUCGUCAACCUGAAUCAUAUCGUCACCAGAGAAGGAGGCUGGGAUGCUGAGCUAGACUGGAAGGAUGUUCUGUCUGGAGGAGAGAAGCAGAGGAUGGGCAUGGCUCGCAUGUUCUAUCACAAGCCUAAAUACGCCCUGUUGGAUGAGUGCACCAGCGCUGUUAGCAUCGACGUAGAAGGAAAGAUUUUCCAGGCGGCCAAGGAUGCCGGAAUCUCCCUUCUCUCCAUCACGCACCGACCCUCCCUGUGGAAGUACCACACCCACCUGCUGCAGUUCGAUGGGGAGGGGGGCUGGCGCUUCGAGCAGCUGGAUUCGGCGACCCGCCUCUCUCUGACUGAGGAGAAGCAGCGGCUGGAGGCCCAGCUGGCCGGCAUUCCCGAGAUGCAGAGUCGCCUCAACGAGCUCUGCAAAAUCCUUGGAGACGACUCCGUCCUCAAAACAGCAGAGGAGUGAAAGCCGGGGGGUGGGGUUUAGGCGGCCCAGAGAGAAAAAGGAGAAAAAGAAAUCUAACAGCUUUGUGAUAGCCUUUUCCAUUUUUUUAUGUUUGAAAUUUUGCACCAAGCAAGCUUUUACAGACGACAAGCCCAUUUUUCAGUCCUGCUGUCUCUACCUUUAUCGGUUCAGUCCAAUGCUGCAGCCUGAGGGGUUGGAUCCUAAUAGCACUUUAGAUUUCAUUUUGAGGGCUUCAUCUGCUUGUCAUAGUAGUUCAUAUGGAAAUAUGGUAUCAGCUGAUGUGAUUUUUGGAGUUUUUUUCUUUUCUUUUACCAGAAGCAGUAUUCAAGUAGACAGCAAAGAUGGCUGUCGCUCCGUUUUUACCUCCAGUUCCGCAGGUUCUUUAUCAGUACUGGAAAUAAUCAGAUUCAAGCUUUCCAUUUUUCAUGCUGCCUGUUGGUCACUUUUCUCAGGCCCUUCGUCUAACAGCUAAUAAGAUUUCUCACGCAGACUCCAUUGUCAGUGAUUAGUGGCACAGAUCUGGCUCCCCCUGAGUUUCUGCUUUAUUGAGCAAAUACAAGAAAGCUGAAGAGAGCAGGGGUGAGCAGACGCUUUGUUUUCUCUCAGUUAGGGUUUGUAUUUUAAUGGCUGCUCAGAUGAUGCAGCCAUCAGAUUAUAGUUCUGCUGUUGGUUGAAGCUCAGAUUUAACGGUGAGGAUUCCUAGCUGGAACCAUUUUAACAUGAAUGUUGACCUCGAUCAUCCUUUAGCUGUAUAACUGAGGGUUAUUUUCCUCUCUGCUGAUAGCGCCACCAGCAGGUGCAAGGUGGAGCUUACACCACGUGUAGUUUUGCAUUCAGAUAAUAUCAUAUCUACUUGCUGUCUUUGAACGGGACUCGUUGCGACUUUUCCCUUGAGGCCUGUAGAAGGUCACCCAUGCUGAACUCAUAACCUUAACCUUGGUGAUAUACAGUGCUUUUUUCCCAUGCACUAUUGAUCCUUAUAGCUGUUUUUAAUGAGCUGUCAUGAAUAGAAAGGCUGUAUUUUGGGACCGUUUGAUACAAGCAUGUAUUGUAGUCCAGACGUCCAUGAUGAUCAGAUCGGUUGCUGUGAAACUAUUGAUUCGUGAUGUAAACUCCAGUUUGCUCCAGGAGGUAGAACCACCCUGAUCCUUUUGUUUGUCGUCACUUUUUAAGAAAAAAUAGGGUUCAAACCUGUGUACGUGUUUGCUACAUCCUGCGAGAAUCAAAUCAGGAGCAGCAAACUUAUGCCUUAUGAAAAUAUGUAUUCUAGUGAUCCUAAAAUGUUACCUCAGCACAUCCUGUGAAUACCUGAUUUUAUGACGAUGCUUAAAGCAUGUUUUUUUUUGUUAGUUUUUUUUAAUGUAAUGGCUUCUUUGAAACCACUGGUACAUACAAACAUUUGUCAUGCUAUUAUUUGCUGCCCCGCCCCCACCUGCUGCUGCGCACCUCCAGUCAGCUGGCUGAAAAAAGGCAACCACACUAUUUUGGGUCACAAGAUACAUUCUGCUGUCUUAAAAAGUUCUAAAUAUUAUUUAGCUCAACUUUUGACAGCAAGGUGUCAAACUUAAAAUAAACAUAUUUAAUAGAUCUUAUUUUAAAAUCACUUUAAGAAGGAUUUGAUUGCAGGAUUUUUUUAGCAGUGGGAGUCAUUAUUUUUAAAUUAAUGGUUUUUAUCUUCUAAUUUUUAAUCUUUACAUUAGUAAUUUCUGUUUAUAUGCAACGGGACGGUGUGAGGUCAUCACACUGUGAGAAUCUCCAGUCAGCCCAUGCCUAGUUGCAGAGAAUUAAAACUGACAAUCACCCCAGAAUGUAAACAGACGCUGCUGAUUUUUAGGGGAAACUCCUUUUGAUAUGAAGCGUCUUGACCUGGCAUUGUGAGAUUUCUUAUUGAACUGAGCAGAAACCUUAAAACCUUCAGUCGUCGCUUUUAGGGGAUGAUUACAAGCUUUAGAUGAGCCGGGUGGGGGUUUGAAUUCUGACAUUUUUCCCAUAAAGCUGAAUGAAAAGCAAAAAAAACAAAAAAUGCCACGGAAAUGGUAGAUAGCUACUAAUAUUUUGAAUAAUGGUGAUGACAUGUUAUAUGAAAAAAGCACCUCUUUGGGAACUGAACUUCACUUUUUGUUUUAAGACCAGACUUUGUUGACAGGAGAUCCGCGAUCCACCGAAUGACACAAAGUCUGCCGAGCGACACUUGAGCAUGAGGGCAGCUCUAAGUGGUACUCGGGUUUUUCCUGAUGUUACAGUUUCAGUUAUUAAAGGAGAAAAAAGAAAGAAUCUUCUUGUUGACUGGAUGAGCAGCAUAUGAUGGAGUGCCCUCUUUCUGAAAAGAUACGAUUGUUUUAAAUCAUAUUUCACAUGUGAGCUAAUGAAGAAGAUGAUAGUGUGGUUCUUUGACCCAUUUUUCCCAAUAAAAAGC